GUUUCUAAGAUGGACAAAUAUGAAUAUGUGGAUGAUGAUGAAGAUUAUGAUGUAUGGGGUAAAAUUGAGCCCCUCCUCGACUACAUAAAUCCCCAUGCUUUCGAUUGUCUUUAUACGACGGACGGCAUCCGUUUAUUGGCUGAAAAGAUAUCUGAAAAUAUGCCGGAGCUUAAGGAGUUGGUCUUGGAGAUAAGAGGACUACUCAACGCCGAUUUACUGCAUACUGUCAGUAUGAAAAAUUUGGAUGCCAAAGCCAAGGAGAUUUUAAAAAGACACGACUUUUUGGAAGCCACUGAAGAGGCCCUUUAUUAUUCG